AGACAGUCCUUCGGCUGACGGUCAACGCGAGCGAAAAGCCAGAAAAGAGCAGCAGCAGCGAGGACUUGGGCAGCACGAAAAAUAGUGAAAUAAGGAAAACCACAGAGCAACGGCAGCGGUACAAGCAACAGCAACUGGAGAGCAACUGAAGAGGGGAACGAAACAGGACACAGGACACAGGACUCGGGACUCAGGACACACGAAAAGAACACAACCAAUAUAGAGACCUAUAAUCACCGCACAUCAGCACAUCAAUUUGCAUGUCUUCGUUCGUUUGCGCUGAAUAUGAAGUAAACAAAUACAUGAGCCACGCCAUAAAUGUCAAACUGAGGUGUGCCGAUUAUCAUGGCAAGCAAUGUACAACAACGGCAGCAACAUCCAUGCACCACAACUGAAGAGCCAAAGCACCAGAGAGCACGCGGAGCAGCCGGGCACCAGGAGUCGGCGACGGGAGAAUGCCAGCAGUCCUGGUCUAGGCAGCGACCUCCAUUCGACCAGCAGCAGCAGCAGGAGGACCUGGAUCCGGAGCAGGAUCCGCAGCAGCACCCUUCGGCGCCGCAGGAGUCAGUGCAUCACCACCGAAUUCCGCGCCUGCACGAGCUACUGCACCACCAGCGCAAGGUGCCGCCCACGCUGCACGCCCGCGGUCGUCUUCUAAUCAGCGAGGGCGCCCGCCGGCGCGAGGUGCGCGGCUGCGGGGCAGGGGGCGGCGUCCUGCUCUGCUGCAGCCUGGACGCUCUGAGUCGUCCGGCCAAGCUACUGCAAUUCGGAGUUUUGCUGCUGAUCCUGCUGCUCGCCACGCAUGGAGAUCUUGUUCAAGCGGAGGGCAAUGUUGGCUGCCAGUUUGUUAGGACGCUCUGCAUCCCGCACUCCGAGGUCUGCUACGAUGACAACAUAUUCGGCAAGUGCAUCCCAACCACCGGUGUCGACGUUGAGGACAUUGAGAAGACACCACUCACUGAGGACCAGUCCCGUGUGCUGGCCACCAUGCUGGAGGAACUCCAGGGCGCCGGCCUAGGAUGGGACCAUCCGUACGUGCAGUGCCGCAUCCAGGGGUCACUUUUCUCGCUCCAGCGACAACAACAGCUUCCGCCGAAUCUCUGCGCGAACUUGGCGCCGACUCCUCCGGAGUUCGGGGAUCCGGCGAGUGCAUUGGCCUAUGUGCGCUUCACUCCGCCGGAACCGGAAGCGGAACUGGAUUACUACGAACAGCCCGGUGGUCCGGCGCAAUUCUACCCGGCGUUGCGGAAGAAGCAGGUGCGAGAAAGCGAUGCGGACGAUCUGUACCUUAACAGAAUGCUUCAGGAUCGCCGGCGGCUGAGGCACGAUCCCUCGGAGCUGGAGCACUUUGGCAAGAUGGACGCACACGGGCAGAGUACCCAGCUGGACGCGCCGAGCAUCAUGGACGCCUUCCUGGACACCGAGCGGCAGAGGAUCGAGCGCGAGCAGCAGUUGGCGGCGGCAGAGCAGGAUGCCGAUCGCCGGGCGGAGCAGAACCGGCUGGAACUGUACCAGAUUCUGGCCGCGUCCGAGCCUGAUCCGCAGCCUUACCAGAGGAAGCCGGCGGCACAGCCGAAUGCCAUGGACCAACUGGAGGCCAUUGUGGAGCAGCAGCAGCAGCGCGAGCUGAAGGAGCAGCAGGAGCAGGCCAAGGCACCGGUCUACGUGCCUCCCGAGGAGGUGAACGAGUCGAGCGAGCUGUACUUCCCGGACAACUUUGCCCCAUUCAAGAGAGCAAGGGGUCGCUCCAGGGGGGGAUUGGCCGAGGAGGUGGAGGACGAACAGCCGAAGCGCUCCUUCUUCCGUGAACUGGCCGGCGAACAGGGACUGGUGCAGGAACCGCCUUUAAGAUUCAGACAUGCGGAAACCGAAGUGGAUGCCACUCCCGAGCUCGUCAAACGCCGUCCUGCGUCCUUCAAGCAGCUGGAUCCCUACGAUGUGGGCCUGCAGCAGCAGGAAAUGGCCUUCGAGUCGGGGCUGCUGAGGAACUCGCUAACGCCUCUCGAAGAAGAGGUCAUGCUGGCCUCCAACAGUUUCCCCCGGCAGGCGAAGAGCCAGCGGGUCUACACCGAAGGUGGGCUGCUCCUGAUGCCCCAAGUCGAACAGGAUACCGAUGGCAUGCAGGCCGAUGAGCCGGAGAACGUAAACCAGUCGCUGCUGGCCAACAUGUUGGGAUUCGCCCGCCACGAACGCCUGGAUGUGAAGAAACCCGGACCGCUGCUAGGACCUCCGUCCUUGGGCUCCGCCGAGCUCAGCAAUCAGCUGGAGACGGAGAAGGCGCGCAAGCAGGAGGGCCAUGGCAACAAGGAGGUCCUGCCCGCCCACAUCAAGGGCAACGCCGAGGACGAUGCCCACAAGAAGAAGAAGGUCAUGAAGCAACUGCACUCGGCCGAGGAUCAUGCGCCGCACACCGUAGAUACUGAAUAUGUGCAUGUGUUCGUCAAGAACCCAAUCGACAGUUGGAACGAUGGGCAGCGCAUCAUGAAGGAGCUGGAGCAAAUACUACACAUGCAGGGAUUCUUUUCUUAUUUAACCGUUCAACAACACGAAGUCAGCUUCCGGGUGAACUCAAACAACCCCGAGCGCAAAACCGCCGGCGAUGUGGCACGGACCAUCAACGAGAACCGCGGCGUGAAGAACAACAUCCAGCGACGCGUCGGGUUCUACGUGCUGCACGCCGGGGUGGGUGAUGUGAUCAAGGACCUGCAGGACCCCAGUGUCUCGUCCUCUCGGAUCGAGCUGGCCGAGCAGGGUCCCGACGUCACCCACAUCAUGGCCUACAUGUUUGCUGGCGCCGGAGCUGCCGCUGUGAUAGUGAUCUUCGUCACCCUGAUCCUGAUCAAGCGGCACGACCGCAAGCGGGACAAGCUCGGCGGUCUGCAGUCGGGCAUUGCGGGAGCGGAGACCUGCAGCAAGGACUACCAGGAACUGUGCCGAGCCAGAAUGGCUGGCAAGGCGGGCGGCGGUGGCAAUUCGACCGGCGGAGCUGCCGGCGGUGGGUCAAACGAACCGGCGCCGAGCGGACGGAUUACAUCGCUGAGUAAGGAGAACGAAGGUCGCCCGCCAUCCUCGCGGUCCAGCACAUCUUCCUGGAGCGAGGAGCCAGCACUGACGAACAUGGACAUCUCAACCGGGCACAUGGUUCUGUCUUACAUGGAGGAUCACUUGCGCAACAAGGGACGCUUGCAGCGGGAAUGGGAGGCCCUGUGCCGCUAUGAGGCGGAGCCCAGUGCUCGGGAAGCUGCCUCCCAGCCGCAAUGUGCGGGUCUUAACAGACCCGGAGCUCCCCUGCCAUACGACCACUCGCGCGUAGUGCUGAACCACCUGGCCAACGCCGAAGGACUGGACUAUGUGAACGCAUCAACGAUUACCGAUCACGAUCCACGUGCGCCCGCCUAUGUGGCCGCCCAGGGUCCACUUCCAUCGACCUUGGCCCACUUUUGGCAGAUGAUCUGGGAGCAGGGAGCCGUCGUCAUCGUGGCCCUCUGCCGCCUGCAGGAGAACGGGGAGGUGGCCUGUGCGCGCUAUUGGCCGGAAGAAGGUGCCGAGGUGUAUCACAUCUAUGAGGUUCACCUUGUUAGUGAACACAUUUGGUGUGACGACUACCUCGUACGUUCUUUCUACCUGAAGAACCUGCGCACCAGCGAGACCAGAACGGUCACCCAGUUCCACUUCCUCUCCUGGCCGCACAUGGGUGUGCCUGCCCAGGCGAAGGCACUCCUGGACUUCAGGAGGAAAGUGAACAAGUCCUACCGGGGACGUCGCUCCUGCCCCAUUGUGGUGCACGGAAGCGCCGGAGCCGGCAGGACGGGCGCCUACAUCCUGCUGGACCUGGUGCUCGAGCGGAUGAACAAGGGAGCGCGGGAGAUCGACAUCGCUGCCACCUUGGAGCACCUGCGUGACCAGCGGGCAGGCGUGGUGGCCACACGGCAACAGUUCGAGUUCGUACUGAUGGCUGUGGCCGAGGAGGUGCACGCCAUCCUGAAGGCUCUGCCGGCGAACACCUCCGGCGAAAAGCGGGAGCUGGACAAGGAUCCCGUGGUGGGCGGUGGCAUCGGCGGCUCCAGCAGCACCACCACCAAGGAGUCUCUGAAGGAGGACAAGGCGCAGGAGGCGGCCGAGGAGGAGGCGCCCACCAGCAGUUCCAAGGCAGCCGCAGCGGCCAAAAAGGAGAAGGAGAAGGAUAAGGAGGAGAAGCAGGCGAAGGAUCAGGCCAAGGUCGCCGAGCCGAGGACGCCAGCCAAACCGGCGAAGCAGGCGAAGAAGUAAGCCAAUCCGGUCCAGGAUCAGGUUGAAGGUUAAGCCUCAGGUUAAUGAUUGUUGCAGCGUUUCGGGGGUCUUUUCAGUUCGUAUAGUUAGUAAUGAAUUGAGUUCGCAUUCGACUUUGAUUUGGCGUGAGCACUUGGAAGGUUCGAAAAAGGCUUCACGAGAUUGUCAGUAGGAGGACACUUUAUCUUCGGUUAUCUACACCGCGCCGAGGAGCACAACGACCGCCGGGAUGGGCAUCCCCCGGACGUGCCACGCUGCCCCGGUCUGCACCAGCCCGUGAGACCCGGGGUGCGUCCCGUGGGCGGAUUCUUGAGCGGCGGAGCUGUGCGGCGCAAGCAACUAUAGAAACGCACGAUAUAUAUAAAUAUAGCAUAUUUGAGUGUUAAAGGAUAUACAAGAAUAUUUACAGCCAGGCCAUAGCUUACAACCUAAAUUAUAUUAUUAUAUACAUGUCUAGGUGUUAAGCAUUGGAUUCAAUUAUGAGGCAUUUUACUUACUCGUACAUUACUCGAUAUCGAUGUUGGCAUUAAACUUAAACUCUAAUCGAUGUGCUUGAAAACCAGCAAACGAACGACAACAAUCGCUGAACGGUAUACAUAUGCCAAGCCAGACAGAACUAGAACACGAAAUACACUGAGAAAAACGAAACUGGACUUCACGCCCACACUGAACCACUCACAUACCCAGAUACAUAUACAAGACACACAUAUACAUGCAUAUACAAGAAAUGAAGAUUGCAAAAUUUGUACCUAACAAAGUUCUAUUUACAACAUGAAACGAGAGAGUUUGGUGAGGAGCAACCUAUUGAUGUGUAUGACAAUUAAUUAUACAAGGAUAUAAUCACACUUAACAAAUAUAUUUGUAUACAAAACAUAUACUAUUCAUAUACAAUAUGGUGAAUGUCAUUAUUAUCUAUCUAACCAGCAUGGGCUCGAUCUCGAAGCGAAUCGGGCCGUGUUUUACCAGACCAUAUGUAUGUGUGCGCGAAGUCAAGAAAUUGUUCAGUUAUCAAUCGUAACAUACGUACACUUUUUACCCUUCGCAGUUGAUUAUAUCGUAACUAAUAUAUUAUUAUAUACGUAUAUUAUCGAAGUAAGUACAUUUAUGUCAGAGGAACGGCACCGAAGCUCCAGCAUCUGCCGGCCAGUCCGGUCCCCGGCCAUCGAUUCACGAGGUCGUCGGGGUGCGGAGGGGGUUACUGGGGGAGGUUGGAGCUUCGCGUGCCGUUAAAAGUAUGUGCCACAAACAAACUGCAGAAUAUCAUCGGAAAACAAAAACAGAAAAUCAAAAAAAAAAAAACCUAAGGCCGUGCAAUACACCAGAAUUGCAGCCUUGGGAAGUUGGAAAGAACAUCUCCAGGUCAAUCAAUAACUAUGUCUUUACAUUUGGUGACGGCCCAGAACGAACAAGGACAAACCGGAAACGAACUAUGGAAUAUGUCAAGAUAAUCACAGGAACUACACACUCUAUACUGCACACUCCACACGAAGGAUACAAAGAUACACCGACCAGCGAUACGCAAAUCAGGAACAGUUACCGAUUCAAAGCACCCGACGAGAAAAAAAUAUGCGAAAAACCCAAAAAUACAAUUGAAAUAAGCUCACAUUAAGGAGGACGUAAGUGCAAGUGCUGCAAAUAAGCAAAGAAAUAUAAAAAAAAAUUAUCAAAUAAAUAAUACCAUACUUAACAGUUUUACGUAGCAGUUGAACUUAAGCAUAAUGAAAAUGAGUUAUCGUAGUUCGAAUUAUUCCAAGACGACAAAGAUAGAGUAUAUUUCAGCUAAACGUAAGCAAAAACGUAAGAAAAACGAAUAUGAAAAUAUGAAAAUUAUAAUCUCGACGCAAACUGUUAGUUUCUUAGCAAUUUUUCUUCGUUGAACACCCAGAACACAACUUACACUACACUACAAGAAAAAGCAAAUGAGAAAUCAAUAUUACAAUAACUGUGGCAAGUCCGAACAACAACUUGGGGCUUGCGAAAAUGAGAAAAAUUAUUAACGUGGUAGAAAAACGAAAUAACAAAUAUGAGAAUAGUUAAACUUAAUUGUUUUAGAGCAAAAUAUUUAGUAGUGAGUUCUUCGAUUGAUUUUCGAGUACUUGAAGCAACGUUUUUCAAAGUUAUUAAGAUACAUACGAAUACAACUACUACAAUUUCAAUUCAAAUGUUCUUCAACGAAACAAAUUAAAUAAGUGUACUAACAAGCAACGUAAAUGUAUCGUAUUAUAGUCAAUCGCAUAUAAAGGCAAUUAUUGAUGUAUAUUUCGACAUAACCAUAAUCAUAACGUGUUAAUGAUAAUCGAGGAAGAAACAACAACCAUGCGUAGAAAAUUGAAGGAACUUACAUAUAAACUACUUAUUAUAUAACAAAGCAUAAAUGUCUAACGGACUUUCCAUUCAAGAUUAUAAUAUAUAUAUAUGUAAAAUCGUACCUAUUGCGUGUAAAAGUAUGCCCAGUAUGCGAAAGGGUAGCUACACACAACUAAAGCAUUUCAUCAUUUCCCCAAUCUAUUUUCAUUGAUGGUGUAACAUAGAUAUACAAAACAACCAACUAAGCGAAACCUAAUUUAUUAUUUUUAAGGCAAAGAGAAGCAGAAGAAGAAUAAAUCGAAGCCAGGACAGCAGAAGCUGACACAUCCCACGAAUGCUGGGCCAUUCGAGUCCACUGCCAUCUGGCCCACCCUUGACCUUCGACCUUCAGCGGGGCAGACCAGGAUGUUGCCACUGCACUCGGAUCAGAACAGACCACACUAUCAGAUGAUCACAUGAUCACAGGAUGAGCAGGUGGAGAGAAGACCUACCAUAGACCGACCGACUGACGCCACGAACCCAGAACGAGGCAUACAAAAUGGUUUGAGUUCCUAAAGAAACAUAACCCGACCAGCAACAACGGACGGACCCCAGAGACCCGAGAACUGGCUGUAUAUACGCACAUCUAUCUCCGGACUAACAGCUAAUCCCGACCAGAAACAGAUAAAAACACUGAAACAGAUACUGAAAACCAAAACUGACCGAUCGGACAGAACUUAGCAUUAGGCCUACACAAUGAGAUUCACGACGAUCGAGUGCGGCAACUUCGGGAUCUGUUCCCUGCAAGGUGAAGGGUCAGGUGGCUGGGUCGGAUGGGCGGAGGAGCAGAGGAGGAGUCCACGACAUGUGACUGGACAAACGCGUACAAAGUUAUCGGAGAGGCAACCAAACUUGAAUCCAAUGAACGCACUGUCUUCUUUCAAAAGGAUUCAGUUUGGUGGCCGCGGAUGAUAAUAUACAAAUACAAAUAAAUACAAAAACGCAAAUCAGGCGCCAAAAACGUGGGAAAUAUUUGAGGCAUUCAAUUAACUAUCGAGUAAGCAAAUCAAUAAAUAAUACGAGCAGGCUUUCAUACAUUUUUGGAAAACCAAAACCAAUAUGAGAUCUGAUUGAUUAAACGAGGCAUUUAGCGAUAAGUGAAACAUUUAACAAUAUCGAUGUGAAUACAUAUGCUGCAUUCAAAAUAUAUAUAUCUAUUUAGCCACUUGGCAAAGAUUUGUGUUAUUAAGCAAGAUGAAAAAAGACGAAAAAACCAAUGAGAAAUCCAAAAUCCAAAAAAAAGGUAAAAACCAGCAAAAAAUUAUGCUGGCUGAGGCCACUAAUAUCUAAAUGUACUAAACUGAUAAAUCAAAAGGGAACUUAAAUGAUUACUGAAAAUAAAUCAAGCAAGUAAAUACACCGAACACCGACACUCGAAGAAAGAACAUGGAGCAUACCUAUUAAAGGUUUUUUGUGCAAAACUAAUUAACCUAUGCAAUUUAAGUGUUUUAAACAUACGAGUAACAUAAACAUGCUACAAUUAUUUAUGAGAAUUAUAUAGCAACGUGUAUACCUACAUAUAUAUGCAUACAUAUAAAUGCUAUUAAUCAAUUUGAAUUUAUUGAGAACGAAGAGGAUAUGCAUACCUAUAUCUUAAUGUAUCGCGCCAUUGUGUAAUAUGCGCUACAGAUUCAAGUUUAAAUCACAAACAUAUUAUAUUCUGCUGCAUGUGUAAAUUAUAUAAAUGUAAAUUAAACGAUACCAAACCGAAAAAGCGAACAAUUUUCGAUGAUAAACAGCAAGCAGAACAGAAUAAGGAGUAAACGAUGUAGAACCGGUAACAAAACGACUACUAUUAUAAUACAAACCAAAAAAUAAUAAAGAGACCCUUAAACAAACGAA